AUUCAAUAGCCUCGAGAAACCUGAAUCAUGUAAAUUUUUUUGUUUUGCUAGUUGCUGUCUAAAAUUAUUAUUAAGCUUACGAGAACUAUAAAUAUACUUAUGGCGGAAAAGGUCGCUUUAGCUGAAAUUAGUAUCUCUUAAAGAAAAACCCCCUGUCUGAACAGACUGUGAGGAGAGACUUUUAGUUUAUUAUUAAAAAAAUACUACAUAUCUAAAAAGUAUUUCGUGUUAGGCCGUCAAUAUUGGUGGCUUUGCAUGGCCACAUAGCCGAAAAGCCGUGCAAAAAUCGAGUGAAAUUAUUCCAGAGAAUACCGAUGGCCAUGCCAUGAUAAUUUUAGUAUAAUUCUCCGGACGGCCAUGCUGUUGUGCGGCUUGCAUCGCCGUUCGUAAUUAGCAGCUGUUGCAGUUGCAGUUGCCAAACGCACAACAAAGUGCAAUAAAGAGCACCUGGAAAGUCACGAUGACACCCUUCGAUGACUUUGUCUAUCUGAUAAAUCAUGUGCUGCUGGGCGAGGAGCCGACCAUCGAGGACUUUAUAUUGCUAGUGGGGACCCUGGUGGCGUUUAUAGCCUUCAUCCUGUGGUGCUGCUUCCCCAUCCAGCCAAAACAGGAGCCAGGUCCCCAUCGCCAGUUUACGUGCAAGAUCAUCCAGAAUCCCAUCAAGGCUUUCGACGCCUCCACCAGCACCGACGACGCACCCAAACCAGGAUGGGGCUCCGAAACUAGCAGCUCCACGUCCAACAUGCAGUACAAUGGCAGCAAUGGUAGCGGAAGCUACAGCAAGAACGGCACAGUGGCGAUGCACAAUUACUACGUUAAGAACGGACAUCAUUGCUGCACCUAAUAAUGGUCAUCGAGACUAGCGACAAGAUCUAUGUCCACACGCCGCCUUUAGUUACCAUUUGCAGAGCACACCUAUUGAGAUUUGUGCCAAUUGGUUGGACAGGUUGUUAGGAGGCAGAGGCAGAGGCAGCGGCAGCUAAAAGCUGCAAGUUCGCAUU